UGCGGACAAUCUGUGUGGUGGGGAUAUGGAAGGGGAGAAGGGGGCGUGUUGUGAAUCACGUCAAGGAGCACAGCGGAGCACAGAGAGAGAGAGUUUGACAAGAACAAGGCGUUGCAGCCAGCGAUCAUUCAGCCUUCGAUGGAGCCGAGUAGUGUAAUAUGAGCGUGAAUUUCGGAAUUGAGUUUUAUUUUGUUAGCUAAUAUUAUUUUUUAGCAUCUGUCAAUUUAUCCAACUUGUCUCAGUGGUGUGAAAAUCGAAGAACACCAAAUAAUGGAAGGGAGAUGCUUUUUUACUCUCAUGCAUUCCUCUGUAGAAUGAUUCAUUCAUCUCGUGCUGGUAAUAUGAUGUUUAAAAACUAGUCGUUUCUAGUGAAAGAGAUGGCGUCUGCAGUUCCUGUGCCAAAACCAAGGACUAAUAUCGUUGAUGGGCAAAGUAAAAAGCCAAUUCCAAAACCGCGUCAGAAAGUCGUGGUGAGCACUCCGUGUGCAGUCUCUGAAAAUGAAACUGUGUGUUGUGUCAAGUGUAACGCAAAAAUAUUAAAUGAAUGUGCAUGCGCGACUCUGCAGGUGUCGAAACAUAACUCGAUAGAUACCUGUGGCAGAAGUAAACAAAAUGCUGAGAGCAAAAGAAUCGUCGGAGGGCGGUUAGAAAAGUCCAUGAAAAACAUAACACGAAGGUUUACGACUCGACCACUUUCUCCUGGCAAAGAAGGCAAGUUAAAUCAAUCCAAAGUUUUGAGAAGCCACUCGCUACCAUCAGAAAGUGCAUUUAAUUCUCUUCCUGUGGAAGAUAUUUUCCAGUCUAUUACAUUCAAAUCUCCAAUAGCUGUUACUGAUAGCGAAAAUGGUACAUUACCAGUAGAUGGUUCAGAUCAGGCAGAGGAAGAAAUAUAUCCCAAUACUUAUAAUGCUCCUCCUCCUAUUUAUCCUCCACCGCCCCUGCCCGAUGAAUCUGUGUACGAUGAAGUGCAGUCUGUUGCUUUAAGUGGUAGCGGAAGCAGCAAUGUGAGUAGUAGUGGUAGUGCUGUGUCACAUAAGAAGACUGUUGUGUCUGGUGUGUCAAAAGAAAGGGUCUAUGAACCUAUUGCUAUCGAGUUUGCAGGAGAUGCAACUUCAAGUAAACCACUUAUUCUGCCAGAAAACAUUUCUUCUGGAAACAAUUCUGUACCAUCAGUUUGUGUAACUCGCUCAGAUUCAUGGUCGUUUUAUGAUUCAGUUUUUGGUGAUAAAAGUGGUAGUGAAGAUGGUACUACAGUUGUUCCUAGUGGGAAAGAUUCUGUAUCAUUUAGUGAAAGAACUUGGAGUCGUAACAGUGUGUCACCAUCACUGCUCAGCGAGUUGGAUGCAUUGGGGUGCAUCAGUGAAGAUGAGAAUUUUGAAGAUGACAAUGUUAGUUUCUCUUCUGCAUCAACUCCUAGAUCAAUUAGUGUUCAAAAUGAGAUGUAUGAUGCAUGGGAGCCAUUAAAAGCAGCUGUUACUCUAAGAAGGAAGGAAACUGAGAGGAAUGCACCUUCAAAAUCUGUUAUACUUGAAUUUGAUCCUCUUUUUUCUCGAACCAAUGCUCUACCUAUAGACAAUAACAAUGAAGAUAUUUUCUUGCAAUCAGGAGUGGAUUUAUUGACUACUGAAGAGGCUAUAUAUGGCAAUAUUAAUCAGGUUUCUAAAGAAAAAAAGAAUAUUGUGAGGAAACAUUCUUAUGACGAAGUAUCUAUUGAAUGCCCUCCAGUACCACCUAGGCGUGUCGAUUCUAUAUCACCUACUCCUAGUAAACGUGAAAAUACAGUGCAGAUUGACAGAAGUCAUCGUGAAACAUUGGGGGCAGUAUGUGAAAUUCGAACUGAGGAUGAACAUGCAUUAUAUCUUAAGAAUCAACGUGAUGAGCUUGGUAUUCCAUCAGGAAGUUCAGGUUCUCUUCAGAAAGCUUUAUCCAGUGACGAUGUAUCUAUGGACAAAAAACAACCUCGAAAGCUUACGCGAUUGGCAAGUAUGCGACAAGCUGUGAGAAGAGUAGCUGAUAGAUCUCCAAAUGUCUUACCUCGUACCCCCAAGUUAGGAAUAUCUCUUAGAGACCCCAUUAGAAAUCCCCAGACACGGCAAGAGAAGCAGAAGAAAGCAGAAUCUGACACCAGACAUGUUGAAAGACCAGAAAUUUCUCCACAACUGAAUUUCCCUCACAGUGGAUUGGUAUUUAAAGUAGCGAUUGGUAAAGAGAAGCAACAAGAUUAUGUUCAUCGUUGGUGUGUUCUUGCUGAAGAUAAGCUUACUUUUUAUGCUGACAAGACUGCCACUGCUAUGAAAGAACUGAUUACAUUGCCAUCUAUUUUGAGCCUUCAGGUGAUAACUGAUCGUAAAAUAAGUGUUGAUGGAGAUUGUUUUGAAAUAAACACUUCCAGUAAAACACGUUCUUACGUUUUUGGAACAUCAGGGCCAUCAGAAAGGAGAAUAUGGAUGCAAAAAAUUUUAGAAAGCUUGACAUCAGUAUUUCCGCUGAGGGUUAUUUCAGAUUAUACAAGAGGUGGAUGGUGUUAUCUGAAGGAAGGGAUUAGUGGAAAAUGGUCAGCUGCAUGGAUCCUCAUUCAUAAACGAACGUUUUAUUAUUGUCUUGAGAAAGUACCUAUUCAGGAGAUAGAUCUGAGGAAAGCACGAUGUGUUGCUUUGCAGGAUUCUAAUCCAGAUACUUCUGUUUUGAGAGUGUCAACAAGAGGUCCAUCAUUGCUGCUGGAUUGUCAAGGGUUGGCUUUAUAUUUGCAUAUGGAUACUCCAAUUGAAACUCGUGUUUGGCAGAAGAUCAUUCAGUCAUCAGCUGUUGACAAUGGACCUAAUCUUGAUCAACAACAGCUCACCAAGGAUGACAUUCCUGUAAUAGUUGACAAGUGCAUUAAAUUUGUAUAUGCCCAUGGCAGUAUGUCUGAAGGAAUAUAUCGUCGUAGUGGAGCAAAUUCAUGUGUUUCAAAACUACUUGAGAUGUUCAGAUUAGAUGCAUGGUCUGUGCAGCUUUCGAGGCAAGAAUACACAGAAUAUGAUGUAUCAAGUGUAUUAAAACGAUUUUUUCGUGAUAUUCCUGAACCAUUACUUACAACUGAACUUCAUGGGCAGUUCUGCGAUAUAGCAGCUGGAAAAUUCAAGGAAGAUAAAGUGGCCUUAUACCGUCGAACUUUGGAGCAAUUACCACCUGUAAAUUAUUUGACAACUCGAAAGCUUAUUAGUCAUUUACAUUCCAUUCAUGAACAGCGAGAGAAAAAUCGCAUGCCUCUGGAUAAUCUAGCUGCUAUAUGGGGUCCAACGCUCAUGCAUAUUGAGACCUCUGAAUCAUUGGAAUGGUCUAAGAAUGAAACAGCUGUUGUUGCUGAUCUAAUAACAUAUCACGUGCAAUUAUUUGAAGUGAAUGAUGAAGAACUUAAUAGAGAAAAACUUAUGCAGGAAGUUUUGGAGCGCAUUAAUUCCAGUAGCACAAGUCUUCCUCAAAGCAAGCCUUCUGGUGAACUUCAUGUUUGGGUGUACCUGAACAAUAGAGAUAGUGGAAAUUGUGUUCACAUCACAGCUGGGCCACAGAAACUUGCUGGAGAAGUGUGUGCGGAUUUGGCAGAGAGAAUGAAAAUUCCAUCACAUGAGUUGGUACUACAAGAAGUUGUUUGCGGUGGCUCUUUGAUGCGAUUCCUUCAUCACACAGAGAAAGUUUUGGAUACUGUACUUAGAUGGAGCUAUUGGGAUGAAUGUGACAGAAAAGAUAAUAGUCUGGUUGUGAUGAAAAAUGAUAUUUUGAAAGAAGUAGUUCCUCUGGCUAAACCACCUCUUGCUAUGAGUGGAGAACUAAGAUAUGCAGACAAGAAGAGUAAGUCUUUCAAACCAUUUGUGUUUGAAUUUAGCCAGGCAAAGUUAUGCUACUACAAAGACAAAAAGGGUUCUGUGAAAAUGAGUGAAUGGAAAAUAGAAGAUAUUGUUUGGUAUUUGGGGUACGAACCAAAAAGAAACCCUCAAACGAGGUGGUCUAUUACUUUUAUUGAAAAGAACAAGCCAACUAAACGGUCCAAGGAUAGUCCCUACUUUGGAAAUACUAUUGCUGGCACAAGCAAAGAUGAGCAGCUUCGUUGGAUGGCAGCUUUAUUGAUUGGCGAGUACCCACAAGGUUUAUUUAUGUCCCCUACAUUGCUCACUUAAAUAUGUUAGACACACAUUGGCAUGUUAUUUGUCAAACAAAGGUGCUUUUACAAGACUCGGGGGAUAUGUGUAGUGAAUAAACAAAUAAUAAGCUUUUUUGUGUGAAUAGGAUUAAUUUUCUCCACAUUUUUUUGUGAAUUUAUUUCCUUCCUGGAGAAAUGGGGAUAAACAUUUAAAGAAAGAGGAAAUAUUAAAUCCAUAUAUACUUGUGAUUGUCAAAAAUUCUAAGUUGCUACACGUAUAACCUUUGAUGUCGUUUGCAACCAAAGUAAAUGUUAAUGAUUGUGCUCAAGGAAAAUGACAAAUAUAAUGUAACUUGUGAAUAGUUAAUGAAUUGUAAAUAUGUGAAAAGUAAUAUAACUAGAAUUAUAUUUGUAGUGUUACUGGUCCUGGAAGAAGGCAUUUUUACUGAUUGCAGAAUAUAAUGAGCCAUGUUUCUAAUUUUAAAAAGAAGAUAUAUUUUUGAAUAUGAAAUUAAUUAGAAGUCCAUUCAUUUAUAAUUUCAAGUAAAAAAAGGUAAUACUUAACCCCAGUUCAGUUGCAUUUCUUUUUUUAUUAACUCAAAACUCUGCAAUAAGUGCAAGAACAAAUACUUCUUAUGUAAAUUUUGAGAGAUUAUAUAAAGUGUCUUGUUCACAUUACUUGAAAAUUAAUAAAAUUUUGUUGGAACUUUUGGCAUGGUGUUAGCGUACAGCCAUCAGCAGCACUAUGUCAAACACUCUAUUCCACUUUUAAGAAUCUGUGGAAGUGCAACUAAAACUACACAAACACAGGUCGUUAUUGCUGUCAUUUCCUGUAUGCUACACUGUGCUUAAAGUUCCUAAUGUCUAAACUGGGAACAGAUUUCUCCUUUGAGAUAGUGUGUGAUAUCCGUAUUUUAUACUGCAUUUUUUCUAUUACACAAAAUAAAAUUAAAACAUUUGUGGAUAAAUUUUAAAUAAUUUUUAUUGUUGUGUGUUGUAAUAUUGCCUAAAUAAUUAAAAUUCUUGCCUGGCUCAUUAUUUGAUACUUGGAAAAUGUAUUUAUAUGUUUAUUUUGUUAAAGGGUAUUUUACUGUAUAAGACAAAUUUGAGAAGAAAUUUAAAUUAAUUGUGCAAUAUCAGUUAGCAUUCAUUCAGUUUAUUCGUUUAAAAAAAAUAAUGGUAAAAAUAUAAUUGUAAUUACAAUAUUAUUGUAAAUAGGUAGGAAGUGCUUUUAAGUAGUUACCAAUUUUCUAAUUUUGUUUUUCUACAUUGUGUAGUGUGCAUUGCGAUAAUUAGCUUUUAUUUUUGAUCUUGAUUUUAAUGAAUAAUUAUAAAAAAGUAAAUAACUAUACUGAGAUCAUGCAUACAUUUCCUGAUAUUAUGAUUGAAAGGAAAUGGAUUCAGAGAAUAGAAUGUAGGUUUUAACAUUUAGCCACAGAUAUAUGUAUGUGAAUUACAUAUAUUAUUUUCCUAGUAUAGAAAUAGAGUAGUCAGAGAUUAAAUUGUAAGUUAAUAAUUGAAAUGUAUUAAAAACAUAAAAUUCAGUCAUUUCUAGUAGAAAUGAUUAAAAAGAGGCAAGAGAAAGUUUGAAUACUUUUAUUGUACUGGGUCAAUGUGAGGUUGAUGUUUGCUGUUUUGCAUGUUUUACAAACAACUAUUUGUGAAUGCUUUUUUAUGUACUAGGAUAUAUUCCAAUAACAUUCUUUUAACCAUUAUGUACUAAUUUUAAUGAGAGGGCAUGACUGACAAUUUUAACUUCAUUUGCUUAUUUGUUGCCUUCCACUGCUAAAAAUUUUCCGGGCAAUGGUCUAGUUGGCAUUGAAUUUCAAUUCCAACUUCAUUAAUAUUAUCAGUCAGAUAUAAUUAUUAUUUGUUAUAAUUAUAUCACAAAAAUGUUUAUAUUUUAAAAUAUAUUCAUUAACAAUACAAAUUUGGGAAUAAGUGAGUUCACUCGAUGAUUCUCAAUAACAGAUGUGUAGAAAAUUAAGCAACUUUUAUAAAACUUGACAAAAAAUGUACUACUGGUAAUAAUGGUUGAAAAGCUUGAACCAGACAUAUGUCUCAUGAAUUUUGAGAGGUGACGUUUUACAUGUCAAUGAAUUUUAUUUUAGAAACUUUCUCUAUUUCCAAAGAAAGAAAGAAAGUGAAUCUUCCCUUGCGUGCAGAUAUUAAAUCCAUAAUGUUACAGUUUGCCAGAUUUGUGAAAUAAAUUAAUUGUUUAGGAUCUACUUGCUUUGUAAAUUUAACUUGGUCAAACAAAGUAAAACUAUGGUUUAUUUAAAGUUGAUAUUUUAAUGGAUAUUUUGGAAAAAUGUCAGUCAUAUUCUUUCUUUGGUGUGGUAACUGAAGUAAAUAUUGUCUUCUUACAUGUUGAGUUUUUGAGCCUUCGUUUUAAAAAUGAAAUUCAGUUGUUCUUUGUUCAGAUUAUUCUGUAUUAAAACAAACAAGGUCAGGUUAGGAUACUCUGUAGUUUAUGUUUAAUCACACAAAAGUUAAUUAUUUCAGUGCUGCUGUGCCAAGAGUAAGAUAUCCCAGUACACUUUGAAAUAUAGUAAUGACCUAGUCUUUCUAAAUACAUUCUUAAAAUACUUUGUGUGAUGUUUUCUUUGAUUUUUGCUUCAUUAUGCAAUUUUUUAGCUGUGUGAUUGAGACCACAAUUUUUUAAAUUACUCUUUUUAUACUAUUCCAUUGUUUAUUUACACAUUCAUUUUAAAAUACUCCAGUGCUGGGUUUACUAUUAAAAGAAAGUAUUCAGUUAUUAUUGCACGUGCCAUAUAUUGAACAGUUUGUAUCAUUAGUUUCAGAAAAUAUUGUUAUUUGCGUAAUGAAUAAGUUCCUUAAUAGAUUAAAGCAGAUAAAUUUCAUCACAAAGUGAAAUUUACAUACUAGACUUAGUCCUUGGGGUUAAUUCAGAACCUCAGUAAUUGAAAUAAUUGAAACUUAUUAAAAAUCAUGAAUUAUUGUCGAAUGUUCAUUUGUUUACUCAAAUACCACAAUAUUCCACAUUCAACUUCUAUGUGUUCCUAGAAAAAAUUGUGAUUGUAGUUAUAAUUGCUCUGUCAUUGUGAAUUUUAAUUCUACAGUUUUUAUUGUGCCAAGGGUAAUAAGGGUAAAGGGAAAAUGCAGUGUAAAUGGAAUUCAAAGAAAUUUCAGGAACAUAUUUUGGGAUCCAAUUGAUAUUGAUGAAUGUGUUAAAAUAUUGUUAUUGGUUUUCAUUAUGUGCAGUUUUCAUUUUUGUGACCUGAUCGACCCCUUUUCACAUGAAAUUGAUUUCAUUUUCCACAAUGUGAUCUUUGUGGUAAAAGAGUUCAUCACAAUUUAUGUGAAUGAAUGAUAAUAGUAAUGUGUGUUGUACACAUUGUUGGAAUUAGAAGUUUUAUAUGUUAUGAAAGUUAAUGAUGUUGUGUUAGGCACAAAAAUAAAAUUUUGACAUUAAAAGUCUUCAGUUGCUUUGAAAAGUAAAUAAUGAUAAUGCAUCCCACAAGUUUUCAAAAUAUUUCUUAUGUCAAUUUUUGGCUGUGAAUGGAUAUAAUGUAAAAUGGGUGGCUUAUUUUUCAACCAUGUGGGAUUUAAUUUCUUUUAAAUUGAAAGAUCAAUGAACAAUAAAAGAAAAGACAAUUGAUGUUUGUUUUCAUUGAAUCCAUAAAGGCACAUGCUGUUCAAGUUUUUUUAGGAAAAGGGAGAUUUCUCAUUAAACAAUAAAUAAAAAUAUAAGUGUCUCAUUCUAUUUCAAUUUUAAGCUCUUUAUUUGAAAGUGUUAAUAUUCUGUGUUGAUGUAUCUGUUCAGUGGGUUAUAUGUGUAUUUAGUGAAGUUAAAUCUAAUGUUAAGUUGUAUGUAAAUAUCACAUAGUUCAUUUUACUUCAUAUUUCCUGGUUGUGGGUUAUAAUUGUAUACUUACCAACUUCUCUGUUAACAUUUUUAAGCAAGUUGAUAUUUAAAUCUUUCUUUCUUUCCUCCUUUUGUUUUAGUUCAUGUACUGUAUAUUGUGACUUAAUUCCUCUAAUGUCUUAAUUAUAUUUUACAUCCGCGAAGUUUCUUUAAUCUCAGAUUCCUUAAUAUAAAUAUCAUCUAGUGACUCCAAAGGGGUAGAAAGAAAGUAUUUUAUAAAAUAAAGAGAUGAUAUUAUUGAGAAAAGUGUUGUGUGAGAGAGAUAUAAUAAAACUAAUUAAACUACAGUCUUGCUUAUUCUGAAAUGCUAAAAUGUUAAUAAUUCCAAGUUUUCAAAGUGGGAAGAGAAAUAACAUUUUCUGUAUCUAUCCGAGGGAGUUUUCUAGUGUUAAUAGUGCAAAUUUUAUUUGUUUUUUGUACUGGUGGAUAUUGUACUUGCUUAUUUUUACUUGCCUGUGUUGAACUUGUUGGGAGCCCAUUAAAGGGAAAAGGAGCAGGGUGCACAUAGGCUUUUUGUCAGCCAUUAUACAGCUGAUGAUUCCUUUCAAAAAGGUCAGAACUUCCAUUUGUGAGUACUGUUAAGCAAUAUUAUUGUUGUUCAGCCUAAAUGCAUUUAUUUUAAAAGCUCACUAUCAGAAAAUUAUAUUUUUUAAAAUUAUUAAUGGACCAUAAUCAGUGGAUCUGAGAAAGUAGAACAGAGGUAGACAUCAAUGAAUUUUUAAAAAUGAUUUGCUGUGAUUGUAUUGUUUUUGUGGUGUAAUAACAUUCAUUAUUGUUAUUUGAAAAUAUUAUUUUAAAAGUAGCAAUUUUCAGUAAUCAAUGUUUCAUAUUUUGGAUUUACAGCAGAAGAUACAUCUUAUUACUGAAAAUAAUUUAUUACAUUUCAUAAAGUAUUUAUUCUCCAAAAUGU